AUGGCAGAGGCGGCGCCGGGGCGGACGCUGCUGCUGGUGAACCUGGCGGCCAUCAUGGAGCGCGCCGACGAGGCGCUGCUGCCGGCGGUGUACCGGGAGGUGGGCGCCGCGCUGCACGCCACGCCCAUGGGGCUGGGCGCGCUCACCCUGUACCGCUCCUUCGUGCAGGCCGCGUGCUACCCGCUCGCCGCCUACGCCGCCGUGCGCUACAACCGCGCCCACGUCAUCGCCGUGGGGGCCUUCCUCUGGGCCGCCGCCACCUUCCUCGUCGCCGUCUCCGGCACCUUCGCCCAGGUAGCAGUAGCUAGGGGAUUGAAUGGCAUUGGUCUAGCACUCGUCAAUCCUGCUAUCCAAUCUCUAGUGGCAGAUUAUACUGAUGAUAAUACGCGGGGUUCUGCGUUUGGAUGGCUUCAACUUACAGGCAACAUAGGUUCAGUGAUUGGAGGCUUGUUCUCUAUCAUGCUAGCAUCGACCACAAUCAUGGGUAUCGCCGGCUGGCGUAUCGCAUUUCACAUUGUUGCUCUCAUCAGUUUGAUGGUCGGGGCGUUGGUCUAUCUAUUUGCAGUGGACCCUCAUUUCUGCAACAGUGAGAGUAACGAGCAGCUCGUGCGCAAGUCGGCGUGGGCAGAGAUGAAGGGUUUGGUUGCAGAAGCCAAGGCUGUUGUGAAGAUACCAUCAUUUCAGAUCAUCGUGGCUCAGGGUGUCACAGGGUCAUUCCCAUGGUCGGCAUUGUCGUUUGCCCCAAUGUGGUUGGAGCUGAUGGGCUUUACACACAACAAAACAGGACUUCUCAUGGCAAUAUUUGCAUUGGCAAGCUCACUAGGAGGGCUCUUUGGUGGAAAGAUGGGGGAUUAUCUUUCUGAUCGUUACCCGGAUUCUGGCAGGAUAGUGCUGUCUCAAAUAAGCUCGGGUUCUGCAGUCCCGCUUGCAGCUUUGUUGCUGCUUGGACUACCUGAUGACUCAUCUACAGGUGUCCUGCAUGGACUUGUAAUGUUUAUCAUGGGGCUAAGCAUCUCCUGGAAUGGCCCUGCUACUAACAGCCCCAUAUUUGCAGAGAUCGUUCAUGAGAGAUCAAGGGCAAGUAUCUACGCGUUGGACCGUUCCUUCGAGUCGGUCCUAGCCUCAUUUGCUCCACCAGUCGUCGGCUUUUUAGCCGAGCAUGCAUACGGCUACAACCCUGUCUCAUAUGGGGCUGGAGUGGCCAGUGUUGCGAGUGACAGGUCCAAUGCCGCUGCGCUAGCGAAAGCUCUUUACACGGCGAUUGCCAUCCCGAUGCUGCUGUGCUGCUUCAUCUACUCGCUGUUGUAUCGGACAUACCCGCGCGACAGGGAGAGGGCAAGAAUGGACUCCCUUAUCACAUCGGAGUUGCAGCAUAUCGAGUUGGAAAGGUGUCAUGGAGUAGGAGACUUCUACGCGGGAACGGAGGAUGCCACUGUGAUCGAUAUUGAGUAUGGUGAGGAAGAGCUUGAUUCUAAUGACGAUGAAAAAGCGUUGAUGCAUCACCAAGUUGAACAGAGUGGUAGUCUCAGGUGGUUGCAGCGAUACUGGAAGAGAUUUCCCUUUAGUUCUUACUUUAUUGAUAGUAUAAAAAUAUUGGUUUACGCAGGACUGGUGAGCAGCAAUCAGAAGUGUUUGGAGAAGUAG